AACUGCAGACAUCACGAAGGGUGCCAUGGGUGUGCGACAGGAGUACCUGUUGGUGGUUCUGUUUGUCCUCACCGCUUCAGCGGCGGCUGGUCGCCAUGCCUUUACCAAAGAGCUCUGGUCCCGUAUGGACGGUGACGGGGACAGUUUGGUGACGAAAGACGAGCUGAAGACCUUCCUGGCAGGAGAGGAGGAGAAGCGGCUGCAGGCGGAAACGGAGAGGCAGUGGAAGGUCCACAGGUUAGGUCCUCGCGACAAGUUGACGUUUGCUCAGUUCUGUACUUACAUUUUGUCUGUCCUUCUGUCCCAUCCUGCAGCGGAGGGUCCACCGUGGAGGGUCCACAGGUUAGGUCCUCGCGACAAGCUGACGUUUGCUCAGUACGAGAAGAGGGCUUACAAAGGAGUGUACUGA